CCCAGCCCCGCCCCCGGACGCAGAGAAAGCGCCGCGACAUUUCCGGCAGGCCUGCGACUCCCCGCUCGUAGGCGUGUGCACCGUCGUCGGCGAGUGCAGACCUUCGGGAAGGAGGUGCAGGCCUGGUGUGAUCUUCCAUUUGGACGGAGUGAAAGAGAACAAUGGAGAAGGACUCUGGCCCACUAGUGCCUUUACAUUGGAUCGGCUUUGGCUAUGCGGCACUGGUUGCUUCCGGCGGGAUCAUUGGCUAUGCAAAAGCAGGCAGUGUCCCGUCCCUGGCUGCCGGGCUCCUCUUCGGUGGAUUAGCGGGUCUCGGUGCCUAUCAGCUGUCGCAGGAUCCAAGGAACAUUUGGGUUUUCUUAGCGAACAACCUCACCAUCUACUUGAAGAAGAAACAGCAGCCGUCACGUGGAGACUCCGUGCUGCCAUCGGCCUCUAAGCCUUCCCCUGUCCUGUUUCUCUCGUCUCCAAGGCUGGUCCCUCCGCCAGGCUUUGGGUCUCUACUCUUCACCUUCUCCGGAGCUUUGCACCGUCAGUGAUGCCAGCUCUUCCUCGUAUCCUGCCUCUCAGGUGGAUCCCACCCAUUGAUGCUCCGAUGUGCUCAUCUCUCACCCAUUUAAAAAAAAAAAAAAAAAGAGGACCUCUCAUGACCCCACUGCUUUCUUCAGUUGCUGCCCUUCUGCUUCCUCUUCAGGAACUUCUCUUAAAAAAAAUCCAUUACACUCGCAUCUUCACUUCCUCACCUCACAUUCUCAGCCCACUUCGGCCUCCACUUCUGUCCCCUUAGUCCACGGGAGUAGCUCUCCCCGAGGCUGCCAGGAACCUGUAUGCUUCAAAAUUCAGCGUACACUCUUCAGUCCUCAUUUUGUUUGGCCUUUUAGCUGUUCUCAGCACAGUACACUAAUCCAUUUCCCAUUCUCUUGUUUUUCCUUUUUAUUUUCUGAUUCCCUUUUGUCUGUUUUGUCGACCUGUCUUCCAUUUCAACCAUUAGAUAUUAAGGUUCUUAAAACCUGGCUUUUUUAAUCUUCUUUAUACUCUCUCACUUGGCAGUAUGGUUGAAGCCCAGGUCUUAAAUUACCAUCGAUAACACAAAUGACUCACAAAUUUCUCUCUCCUCCAAGCCUUACUCGCGUAUAUCCAGUUGCCUGCUUGAAAGUGUUCAGCUGUGUCACGGCAUCUGCCCAGACCUGGCUCCGUGUCCUCACACACGCUUGGGCUCCUGGUGUCCCCCCUCCAUCUGGGUCUCCAUUGCUCUCUUCCCCUCCGUCUCUGUCUGAUUCAUCAGCAAGUCCUGUCAACACUACCUGCAACUCGUAUCCCAGGCCGUCCCCUUCCCUACCUCCACGGCCACCAUCCACGCCCCAGUUAGCCCCCCUCUUGCCUGCAUUCCCGAGGAGGUUUCUCAGUUGGUGCCCUACCUCCUCUCUGUUUUCCCUGGAGUGUGUUCCCUAUGGUACAGCCACAGUUAUAUUUGCAGAAUGCAGCUCUUGGUAUGUAUCCCUCUGCGUAAUAUCUUUUCAUGGCUUUUCAUUGCUCUUCGGAAGAAGACCGCAGUCCGUCCCGUGGCCCUCGAGGCUCUGUAGGCUGUGGCCCUCUUCCUCACGCAGUCUCGGUUUCUGUGCCACACCACGCCUAGCAGCCCCCUCUCGCCGCGGGGCCCCGCGUAUAUUACGCCCUCUGCCUGGAACGUGCUUUCCUCCCCUUGAGCUCGUUAAUCGCGACUCUCGACAUCGCGGCUCCACCUUUGCUUUCUCAGCAAGUCCUUCUCCCUGAAUGGGCUGGAUCCCGUUCAUCACGUUGUUUGUAUUGCAUUAAUUGCGCCUGUAGCACAGAUUAUACUUCUGAGUCUU